CACGGAAGAGGAACGAGACACAACGAGUAGGGGAGGAAUCGCGUUCUCCUCCUUUCUUCGCUGUAGAAUAGAAUCGCCAAUGGUUCACGUGAAAGAGGAGCCCGUCCCCACCGACCACCCUCACGUCAAUCCCCCCUCACCCUCAGUAGCCAACAGACGCAAGGGAAAGCCUCCUCCUCCUCCUCCAUUGCACAAACGGCCGCCACCCCUCCACUGACCUCUUCCCCCUUCCUGCAAUGGCGGCACCGUUCAUGUGGGAACGGUUUAAGGUCAGUGUGAAUCGAGGUCUGCAUGCAUGCUUGAUCUUCGUUUCCUUUUGCUUAAGACAAAAGUAGUGAUAGCAGCAAACAGAUUCGUAUUGUGCUUCAUCCGAUUUCACAGGGCUUUGAGUCUGCUGUUGUCUCAGCAUUUUGGCUUGGCGUGACACUCGAAGAACAGAUAGAAACUCCAAUUCAUUCAUACUCAAUUCGGUGGUUAGACUCCUCCGACGAGAGCGAGAGAGAACGAGAGAGAUUCCAUUAACAACACUGGCCUUAUCCACAAAUAUACCUCAUCUUUGGAAUUGGCAGUCCCUCUGCUUGGAUUAGAUGCGCUAAGCCCAUCCGUCCCACCAUCUGCAUCAGGGAAUCACUUCUUCCCAAAGAUGUGAGGCAAUUGUCGUAAAGAGAGAUUCCUCCACCUCCUCCUCCUCAAAUUCGACUUCCACGCCAACUCUUCCUCCUCGAGAGGGAUAUGUCCUCCACAGCAACCAUGUGAAGAAGCAUUAUGGCAUGUUGCAUUAAUUCUCCAACAUAAAGCGUUGGAUAUAUUCUUACUCCAAGCACUCGCACAUCGUCCAAAAUCUUCCAUGCCGACCGACCCUUGGGUUCUCGUGCAAUCAAUCUAGGAAAUGACAGCUUCAUCUCUUCCUCUUCCCUCCUCCCCCCCUCUGCACCUUGUUUUUACUACGGUGGCUUGCGCGGAGAAAAGGCAUCUGAUUUAAAAGCCUUCCGAACUGCUGCAGUCCCUUUCCGAUGCCUCUCACCCUUUUCCCUCUCUUUUUAACACCCCAUCGUUCCAAAGAUCACACGCACACUACACUACCACUACACUGCGGUGGAGAACACCGGCACCAACAUGCUCUCCCUCUCCCCUCUCCCCUUCCUCCUCUCCCUCUUCUUUCUUCCUCAGCUCUCCCUCUCCCUCAACCGAGAAGGCCUCUCCCUUCUGCAAGCUAAGAAUUCCCUAGCUGACCCCGGCAACGCCCUCUCCGACUGGAACCCACUGGACUCUACCCCAUGCAACUGGACUGGAGUCACCUGCGGCUCCACCUCACUCGCCGUCACCUCUCUUUACCUCUCCGGCUUGGCUCUUGCAGGCCCCUUUCCUUCCGCCCUUUGUCGUCUCCCUCACCUUUCUUUCCUCUCCCUUGCCUCCAACGUGCUCAACGACACCCUCCCCUCCUCCUCCCUUCUCGGCUGCUCCUCCCUCGCCUACCUCGACCUCACGCGGAACUCCUUCGUCGGCCCCCUCCCUUCUUCCCUCCCUUCCAUCCUCCCCGACCUCGUGCACCUCGACCUCAAGUUCAACAACUUUUCAGGCGACAUACCGCCUUCUUUCGGUCAAUUUCCCCGUCUCCGAAUCCUCUCCUUGGUGGCCAACCAGCUCACCGGCCCCGUUCCUUCCUUUCUCUCUAACGUAACUUCUCUUCGCGAGCUUAACCUUUCUUAUAACGCCUUCUCUCCCUCCCCCAUUCCGGUUUCCUUUGCCAACCUGACUCAGCUCCGCAUUCUCUGGCUCGCCGGCUGCAACCUCGUCGGCCCUGUUCCGCCGGACCUUGGCCGCCUUUCGUCGCUCGUCAACCUCGACCUUGCUUAUAAUUCGCUCUCCGGCCCCAUUCCCGAAUCGAUCACGGGGCUCUCGUCGGCCGUCCAAAUCGAGCUCUACGCCAAUUCUCUCUCUGGUACCCUUCCCCGUGGCCUCUCCAACCUUACUGCGCUCCGCUUCUUCGAUGCUUCCAUGAACAAACUCUACGGUCAUCUUCCCGAAGACAUCUUCCUUGCUCCCAAUCUUGCAAAUCUCCAGCUUUACGAGAAUAACCUCGUUGGUCUUAUUCCUCAGAGCAUUUCCCGGUGCAAGAAUCUCGCCGACCUCCGUCUGUUCUCCAACCAGCUCGAUGGUCCUCUCCCUUUCGAUUUCGGCAAGCAUUUCCCUCUCGGUUUUAUUGAUCUUUCAGAUAACUUCCUAUCUGGCGAGAUUCCUGCGAGCAUCUGCGACGGUGGCGUGUUAUCGGAGCUUCUUUUGCUUAACAAUUCAUUCUCAGGGAGCUUGCCGCAGAGUCUUGGCCGGUGCACAUCCCUCACCCGCGUGCGAUUACCCAACAACCGCCUCUCCGGCGAGGUCCCCCCUGCUUUUUGGGGCCUACCCCAUGUGUGGCUUUUCGAGCUCUCCGGAAACUUCUUCUGCGGCAGCAUCUCACCGGUGAUAUCAGGCGCAGCUAAUCUCUCCAUGCUACUAAUCUCCGAUAACCAGUUCAGUGGGCCAAUUCCAGAGGAAAUAGGAGCUCUUUCGAACUUGUACGAGUUCUCUGCCGCCAAUAACAUGCUGUCUGGACCUCUGCCGAUGGGUCUGCGGUACUUGACCAAGCUGGGAGAGUUGGACCUCCAUAAUAACUCCCUCUCUGGUGAACUCCCCCGAGGAAUCCUGUCAUGGAAGAAGCUUAGCCAGCUGAACCUCGCUGACAACGAUAUCUCCGGUGGGGUCCCGCCGGAGCUUGGGGACCUCCCGGUGCUCAACUAUCUCGACCUCUCGGGCAACAAACUCAGCGGAGAGAUCCCAAUGGAACUCCAGAACCUAAAUCUUAUCGAAUUCAAUCUCUCCAACAACCAGCUCUCCGGCGGUCUGCCUCCUUUGCUUGCGACACAGACAUACCAAAAUAGCUUCUUGGGCAAUCCGGGUCUCUGCGGGGAAUUGAACGGUUUCUGUCCCAGCCCGCGAGGUGUCAAACCGGAGCGCCAUGUAUUCGUCUGGCUGCUUCGGUCGGUCUUUAUACUUGCUUCAUUGGUGCUCGUGACUGGAGCAGCUUGGUUCUAUUGGAGAUACAGAAAUCUGAAGAAGGCAGCGCUUGGUAUGGACAAUCCCAAGUGGAAGUUCACCUCGUUCUAUAAGCUUGGUUUCAGUGAGGAGGAGAUCCCGGUUUCCCUCGACGAAGACAACGUUAUCGGUAGCGGAGCUUCCGGUCAAGUCUACAAGGUGGUGUUGAGCAAUGGAGAGACCGUGGCGGUGAAGAAGCUCUGGGGAACCUCCAAGAAGAACGACAUAGUUCCGAGCUUCGGCGACGGUUUCGAAGCCGAGGUGGAGAUGCUGGGGAAGAUUCGUCACAAGAACAUCGUGAAGCUGUGGUGCUGCUGCACUAACAUUGACUCCAAGCUUCUGGUCUUUGAAUACAUGCCGAAUGGAAGCUUAGGUGACCAGCUGCAUGGCGCCAAGGGAGGUUUGCUGGACUGGCGAACGAGGUACAAGAUUGCACUGGAUGCGGCUGAGGGUCUGUCGUACCUUCACCAUGACUGUCUUCCGCCCAUCGUCCACAGGGAUGUUAAAUCCAACAACAUACUGUUGGAUGCAGAGUUUGGAGCGAAAGUCUCCGACUUUGGCGUCGCCAAAGCCAUCGUGAAGGGACCAAAGUCGAUGUCUGUGAUUGCUGGCUCCUGCGGAUACAUCGCACCAGAGUACGCCUAUACUCUCCGGGUUACCGAGAAGAGCGACAUAUAUAGUUUUGGGGUGGUGAUUCUGGAAUUGAUCACGGGAAAAUUUCCUAUGGAUCCUGAGCUUGGAGAGAGGGAUUUGGCGCAGUGGGUGUGCAGCACCUUGGAGCAGAAAGGAGUGGAAAGCGUGAUCGAUCCCAGGCUUAGUCUCUGUUUCAAGGAGGAGAUACGCGAGGUGCUCGCCGUUGGCCUCCUCUGCACCAACUUCCUCCCACUGAAUCGGCCGCCGAUGAGGACGGUGGUGAAGCUGCUGCUCGACGUGGCUCCUGUCAACAAGUUGAAGCCGCCAUUGAAGGACCUAAACCCAUCUCCUUGAGUGCCCGAUACCGUAGAAUGUGACAACCUGUGAUUCCUCCAGCGAAUAGCUUCUCCUAUGGAGGGUUCUGCACCAUUACACUGUGAUGAGAAUCGAAUUAACUGUGCUACUAUAUCUGAAGGAAUUUGUUCCAAUGCAUCCUUCCCAGCAAGCCAAUCAUCUUCGUUGCUUAGCGGAUUUCUGUGGCCGUCGCCACCAGAGAAAAAAAAAAGUAUUUGUGCUUGCCAUU